UUCUUCUUCUCCGUUAUCUUAUUAAAAAAAAAACAAAAGAGAAAAGAAAAACAGAGCUGUAUGUGAAAUAGCUAUUUCUUUUGCAAAGCUAACACUUUUAGGAGAGAUCUCAUCAGCACAGCUUUACACUUUUGGGAGAGAUCUCAUCUUUAUUACAAUUUCAGAUCCAUUUUUCAGUUAGGCAGAUCCAACCAUGGAUUUCAUGAAGGUCUUCGAUCAAACGGUCCGCGAAAUAAAGAGGGAGGUGAAUUUGAAAGUGUUAAAGAUCCCUGAAAUAGAGCAAAAGGUAUUGGAUGCUACGGAUGAUGAGCCUUGGGGCCCUCAUGGUACUGCUCUGGCUGAGAUAGCACAGGCUACAAAAAAAUUCUCCGAGUGUCAGAUGGUCAUGAAUGUGCUCUGGACAAGAUUAACUGAAACCGGAAAGAACUGGCGUUUUGUUUAUAAGUCGUUGGCUGUUAUAGAGUACUUGGUGGCACACGGAUCUGAACGCGCAGUUGAUGACAUCAUAGAACAUACAUAUCAGAUCUCUUCUCUCACGAGUUUCGAGUAUGUUGAGCCAAGUGGGAAGGAUCUGGGCAUUAAUGUGAGGAAAAAGGCGGAAAAUAUUGUGGCACUAUUAAAUAACAAAGAGAAGAUACAAGAGGUUAGGAAUAAAGCUGCUGCAAACCGUGACAAGUACGUUGGAGUAUCAUCUUCUGGAGUGUCAUAUAAGUCAAGCUCUGCCUCUUUCAGUAGCAGCGGCGGCAGCUUUCGGAGUAAUGAGCGAUAUGGAGGUUUUGGAAAUAAAAGCGAUGGCGAUUCAUUUAAGGAUAGUUACAGUGAAAAGGAUCGAUAUGAUGAAGAAAAGAUUGAUCAAAGUACUUAUAAGUCAAAGAAGGGAUCUUCUCGUUAUGGCAGCAAAGUUCAGGAUACUGUUUCCGCUAGUGGAUCAAAGAUGAUGACGAAGAUAGGUGAGCCUAAAAAGUCUUCUUCACAGAGAUCAACUGUACCAUCAAGCAAUUACGAGGAAGAUUUUGACGAUUUUGAUCCUCGGGGGACUUCGAGUGCUAAGCCUUCUACAGGAAAUUCUAACCAAGUAGAUCUAUUUGGGCAAAAUUUGAUCGGUGACCUCUUGGAUGCACCGACACCUGCUCCAGCUGCUACGUCUACUGUGAACACUGAUCCAUCAGAGGUUGAUUUAUUUGCUGAUGCCACUUUUGUAUCAGCAAAACCACAGAUUUCGGGUGUAGCUUCCCAAACUCCAAAGGGUGUGAAUCUGUUUGCCUCCCAGCCUGCCCCUUCAGCUGCAGCUUCAACAAUAGAUUUUUUCGCUGCACCAGAUCCUGUUGUACAGUCUAAUAACGGAUUUUCAAAAUCACAGAUUACGGGUGUAACUUCCCAAACUCCAAAGGGUGUGGAUCUGUUUGCCUCCCAGCCUGCCCCUUCAGCUGCAGCUUCAACAAUAGAUUUUUUCGCUGCAGCGGAUCCUGUUGUACAAUCUGAUAACAGAUCUUCAAAACUAGACCAGAUGAACAUUAACACUGUUGAUCCAUUUGCUUCAGUUCCACUAAAUACUUUUGAUAACUCUGAUCCUUUUGGUGCAUUUGUUUCUCAACCUGUAUCAAUGCCCGAUGAAAAUGCUAGCAAUGGUGGGAGUCAUGAUGCUCAUGACAAAUUAAGCAAAUCGUCUGUUGAAGCUAAAACACCGCCAAAGAAGGAUACAUUUCAAGUCAGGUCUGGAAUAUGGGCUGAUUCACUGAGUCGUGGGCUGAUUGAUCUGAAUAUAACUGCACCCAAAAAGGUCAACCUUGCAGAUGUUGGCAUCGUAGGAGGAUUGACUGAUGGAUCAGAUGAGAGAGAAAAAGGGCCUACUACUUUCUACACUAGCAGAGCAAUGGGUCAAGGAAUCGGACAUGGCAAAUCUGGUUUCCCGUCAGCAGCAACAGCUGGAGAUGACAUAUUUUCAAGUCUUAACACACAAAACUAUCAGUUUGGCGGCUUUCAGAAGUGAAUAAUUGUCUUAUUGCACCUUGCAACAGAUAUUAAUUCGCCUAUUUUCACUCAAGAUAUUCAUUUGUGAGCUUGACGAAUCAAGACCAACGUUACAUUAGGGAAGUGACCAGAUAUUGGGUAACCAGCCACUAUUUGAAGUACCAUACACCUUUUACGCCAAUCGCCUCUUGUUUUGAUGUUUUCUACUCUUGAGGAGCUUCCUUGUAUCCUAUUUUCAAAAACAUACUUUAAGGUCUUUGUCAUAUACAUCAAUAAACAACACUUAAUAUCUUAGAUAGCUGGUUGCUAUUUCGGCAGUAUGUGGUUGCUCACGCUAGCUGAACCUGUAAGCCAGUUUGAUAGUCGUGGCUAUGUAUUCAGAUAUUCAUUGCUUGUAUUAAUGUUUCUAUAUGGAGCGGCAUCUUAUUUGACUGCCUUCAUUAUA